AUGGCAUCUUUAAUGAAAUUUCUUUGCAUUUUGGGUAUGAUCCUCCUCGUUGGAGCCGUCGUGGACGGAGCAGGAGAGUGUGGUAGAUCUUCUCCGGAUAGUGAGGCGAUGAAGCUAGCUCCAUGUGCAGGUGCGGCUCAGGAUGCUAACUCCGCCGUGCCUGGAGGUUGUUGUGCUCAGAUUAAGAGAUUCUCUCAGAAUCCUAAAUGUCUCUGCGCCAUUCUUCUAUCCGACACGGCCAAAGCCUCCGGUGUCGACCCGGAAGUUGCACUUACCAUCCCCAAACGCUGCAAUUUCGCUAACCGCCCCGUUGGUUACAAGUGUGGACCAUACACUCUUCCUUGA